AUGGCACCACAAACUGAAACCGCGUACGUCUCGAAGACCCAGCAUUAUCUGAAGGUGAAGAAGCCGCUGCUGGAGCGUCAGCGUCGGGCACGCAUGAACAUGUGCCUGGACACACUGAAGACACUUGUUGCCGAGUUCCAGGGCGACGAUGCCAUACUACGUCUGGACAAGGCUGAAAUGCUCGAGGCGGCACUUGUCUUCAUGCGCAAGCAGCUGAUCAAGCAACAGGCGCCGGUCUCACCUGUGCCCAUGGACAGCUUCAAGAACGGUUACAUGAAUGCCGUCAGCGAAAUCUCACGUGUGAUGGCCUGCACGCCGGCUUUGAGCGUUGAUGUUGGCAAGACGGUGAUGACACAUCUGGGCAUUGAGUUCCAGCGCAUGCUGCAGGCAGACCAGCAAUCAGAACAACACCAGCAGCAGCAAACCGAAUUGGAAUCCAUGCCAAUCAGUCGUUCCGCCAGCCCCGCAUCUUCCGGCUAUCACAGCGAUGCCGAGGAGUCUGAGGCAGCAGCGAGCCCACAGUCUGGCAGCCCUUCAGUGUGGCGCCCCUGGUAA